AGAAGUCAGUGGUAUUCAAAUGUGGACCAGCCUCAGUUCAACGAUGUCAGUGACAACGUGCUUCCGUCGUGCGGUUUUUUGGACAUGGUCGUGAUAGCCUGAAAAUUUGUAAAAUCAAGCAUUAGAAAGUAAUCUUUAUGAUCACAUACGUAUUUUGAGGUUCCUGUGGUUGUCAGGUUAUCUGUCGCGCAGGAAAACCGCCGCGCAUUGAGAGUCCGUCACGAUUGUUAAAUGCAUUUACUUUUUGAAACAACUCAUUUAUUAAACAGACAAAACAUAACAGUCAAGUUCAGAGGAACAAUUAGUCGUUAAGAAUCGUGAAGAAGCUGCAAUGUUAUUACCGUGUAGUUUAUACAGGGGAAUAAAGUGUGGUAUACGCGUAUUUAGCUGAGUGUCGCGACGAGAUAACUACAGGCGGAACAAAAUCACCAGUGUCAAACUUCAAUCGGAAUUUAUCGUGUUCUGUCGCGAUGUCUCCAAACAACGACGAUACCUUGACUACCGUUUGAUUGUUUCUCGUCGCGUGAAGCACGCGCCAACCGUUGACAUGUGCGUCAAUCUCUGGCUUGUACGAACAUAAGAAGAACGGAACAAUUACGGCUCGUCAGCGAAGUAUGAACACCGAUUAUCAGGUCUUGGUAUGAUGAGGCCAUCCAUGAAAAUGGGGAUGAUAGUCUUGAUAGGUGUGUUCGUGGUGUUUUACCAGUAUCAUUUGUCCACUGGCGUGGGAUUCGAUCAGUUGACUGACUUCAACACUGAAAUGGUAAAGCAUUAAGAGAUCAAAUCUUCUUUACCUCUAUUCAGCCAUGUCGACUUCUUUGAAACGUUCUCUUUCUAUUUGUAGAUCAAAAGUGUCGUGCGCAGGGUUCAAGAAGCGAAUGGGCUAAGUCCAGACACGGCGUCGAUGUUGGUGCAGGAGCUGGUGAAUCAUUUGCACAAGAAUAUCCUUGAAUUGUCCGAGAACAAUUCGAAGAUCGUGCAACGCUUAGAACCACCAGCUAAAAAUGAAUUGUCGAGAGAACAGAAGCUAUUGAUUAAGUUCAACGAAACGCUAGAACCGCUGUAUAUAAUCACACCGACGUAUCGCAGACCGGAACAGAUUCCAGAACUCACCAGGAUGUCGCACACUUUGAUGCUGGUGAAGAAUGUUCACUGGCUCGUUAUCGAGGACGCGACCGUCACCACCAAACAAGUCACAAGGCUUCUGGAGCGAACGGGACUCAAGUUUGAGCAUCUUACUGCCCCGAUGCCCGAGAAGUACAAGCAGAAAAAGGGUGCCAAACCACGAGGCGUGUCUAAUAGGAACCGUGGCUUACAGUGGAUCAGGGCGAACGCGACAAACGGCGUUUUUUAUUUCGCCGACGAUGACAAUACGUACGAUAUAGCCCUAUUUGAUGAGAUACGCAAGACGAAACGCGUCUCCAUGUUCCCCGUGGGCCUGUGCACGAAAUUUGGUUUAAGUUCACCUAUCAUUAAGAAUGGUAAAUUUGUUGGAUUUUACGACGGUUGGAUUGCCGGUAGAAAGUUCCCAGUCGAUAUGGCAGGUUUCGCUGUGAGCGUGAAGUUCCUACUCCAGAGGCCAAACGCUACCAUGCCAUUCAAGGCUGGUUACGAAGAGGACGGUUUUCUGAAAAGUUUGGUGCCGUUUGAGCCAAAGGACAUCGAGUUCUUGGCUGAUAAUUGCACCAGGGUGCUCGCGUGGCACACACAGACGAAGAAGAACGAACCUAGCGCGCCGCUAAACAUGAAACUGUACGGUGAAACGAACCUGGUUAAAUUGAAACAGCAGAUAGUAUGA